AUGCAGAGGAAAAUUGUAGCGAAGAGACUGUCCUCAAACUUCCGUGAAGCUACUGAGGUUCUGUCAUCUCCUAUCCCUUCCUAUCUUAAGUCAACUGAGCUUCUGGUGAAAAACCGGUUUGUUGGCAUUAACGCUAGCGAUAUCAACUUCACUUCAGGGAAAUACUUGCCAGGGACUGUACCUCCCUUUGACUGUGGCUUCGAGGCCCUCGGUGAAGUCGUUGCAGUGGGUGAUGGUAUCAAACAGUUUUGUGCCGGUGAUGUUGUAGUCACGCAAGCCUUCGGUGCUUUCUGUGAAUAUCAAGUGGUUCCUUCCAGAUCUGCUAAGAAGGUCCCUUUACUGAAGUGUGAGUAUCUGCCCCUUGAUCUCAGUGGGACGACCGCAUCUAUUUCAAUAGGUGAGAUUUUGAAGCCGUUAAGGGGGGAAUUAGCGGUUGUUACGGCCGCUGGUGGAGGGACAGGACAAUUCGCCGUGCAGAUAUUGAAGAAAGUCUACGACUGUACUGUUGUCGGAGUGACUUCCUCCUGCAGUAAGGAAAACAUGCUGAAGGAACUAGGGUGUGAUCAUGUUAUUGUUGGGGAACGUGAGUCAGUUGGUGAGGCAAUGAAACAACUUAUGCCAACGGGUGUAAAUGUUGCCUACGAAUCUGUGGGAGGUGACAUGCUGGAUGUCGUGGUAGAUAACAUUUCCCUCCGCGGCCGCGUACUCUCUAUUGGGGGCAUUUCUGGGUAUAGUAACGGAGGUAGCUGGGACUAUUCUGAGAAAGGUAAAGCACCAUUGCCAAUGCGUCUCUUGUCAAAAAGCGCGUCCCUCAACACUUUUUUUCUCCCACAUUAUAUCAAAUAUGCGAAACUACACUUUUCACGGCUUUGUCAGAUGUACGAACAAGGAACACUACAGAGCUGUAUUGACCCUUCGAAGUUUAAAGGGUUGGAAGCUGUGGCUGAUGCGGUGGAGUAUAUGUACGAAAGGCGGAAUAAGGGAAAGGUCAUCGUUGAGAUUUGA